AUGUCUGAUCCCAAAUAUCUCGACAUCCCAGCCGUGAUCUUUGAUAAUGGGUCCGGUUUAUGCAAAGCCGGUUUUGCUGGGGACAGCGCCCCCAGGUCAGUAAUCUCAGCCAUCGUUGGCCGUUCCAAAGCCAAAGCCACAAUGCUGGGAGCUGGCCAGAAGGAGUAUUACAUUGGACAAGAAGCUCAGUCCAAGAGGGGAGUCUUGUCCCUGAAUUACCCCAUUGACCACGGCAUAGUGACAUCUUGGGAUGACAUGGAGAGGAUAUGGAGGCAUGUGUAUGAGUGUGAACUGAGAAUCAAAUCCAGCGACAGGCCAGUGUUGCUGACAGAAGCUCCACUGAAUCCUCUACAAAACCGCGAGAGGAUGACCGAGAUUAUGUUCGAAAACUUUAAGGUGCCGGCUAUGUUUGUUGCUGUCCAAGCUACGCUAGCUCUGUAUGCAUCGGCGCGCACCACUGGAAUCAUCAUGGACAGUGGAGACGGGGUCACGCACACCGUCCCGAUCUAUGAAGGCUACUGCUUGCCACACGCCGUCUCCCGGUUGGACAUUGCCGGGAGGGAUAUCACCGAAUAUUUCAUGCGGCUCCUCCUGGAAAGUGGGCAUUCCUUUGUCAGCACAGCCGAAAGAGAAAUUGUGAGGGACAUCAAAGAGAAACUGUGCUACGUGGCCUUAGAUCCCAUCCAAGAAAUGAAAGCCAAGCCGGAGUAUCUGCUGAGAGAGUAUAAGCUGCCCGACGGGAAUGUCAUCUGGAUUGGCAGCCAGCUCUUUCGAGCCCCCGAGGCACUUUUUGCUCCCUCGAACAUCGGCGUUGAUGCUCCCGGCAUUCACAGAAUGCUUUUCAACAGCAUCAUGAAAUGUGACAUUGACGUCCGCAGAGAUCUUUAUGGAAAUAUUCUCCUAUCCGGAGGUUCCACCUUGUUCUGUGGACUGGAUGAACGCAUCUUGAGGGAAAUGCAGCUUCAGGUGCCAGUUGGGAUAUCAGUAAGAAUCAUUGCCCCACCAGAAAGGAAGUACUGUGUGUGGAUCGGGGCCUCCAUUCUGGCUUGCUUGACAUCUUUCAGACAGAUGUGGGUGACCCUCAAUGAUUACCAUGAUUUUGGCCCUGGUGUGGUUCACCGGAAAUGUUUUUGA